AUGGACACAUCCGGCCCACUACAAAACCUUCGGUUGCAAGGAGUAAACAAGCCACUGCCAGCGAAUCCGUUCCUGAUCCGCCACUCCGUUGAGGCCUUCCUCGGAGGAACCAUCGACGGCGCAUCGAAGGAGAACCGUGGCGCCUCUUACGUCCUGAAAGUGCGCAGCAAGGCUCAAUUUGAUCGGCUACUACAAAUGAGCAAACUCAGUGACGAAACCCCGGUAUCCGUAAUCGAGCACCCGCACCUGAACACCGUCCGAUGUGUCGUCUCAUGCAUCGACGCGAUCGAUCUCCCGGACGAAUACAUCCUUCGUGAACUCCAAGACCAGGGCGUCAAGGAGAUUCACAGGAUUAAACGGCGAAACCCCGAAGGUAAGUUGGAGAACACUCCAACGAUUGUGCUUACCAUUACAGGCACAGUGAUCCCCCAGCACGUCCAUUUCGGAUGGACCCGAUGCCCGACACGGAAUUAUUAUCCGAAUCCGAUGCGGUGCUAUCAGUGCUGGGACUUUGGGCACACGGCAAAGAGGUGCCCCAGCGUGGAGCAAAUCUGUGGCAACUGCUCUAAGCACCACCCGAUAGAUGCAGCCAUGGCUACUGACGACGACGCAAGACCCAACCGUCCACCAUGCAAGGAACAGCAGUUUUGCAAAUUCUGCAAGAACAGCUCACACCCUACGUCGAGCCGGAAAUGCCCAGUUUACCUCAAGGAGGUCGAGGUAAAUCGCUUGAAGGUCGACCAAGGCAUACCGUACCCGCAAGCACGCAGGGAGAUCGAACUGCGUUGCGCUUCCGGCCAAACGGGAUCAUUUGCCAAGGUCACAGGCCCCAGCACAACCAGUCAAAGCAAGGACCAGGAGAUCGCAGACCUGCGGAAAAUGGUCAAGGACCUGCAAGCUGCCAAGAACAACCAGACAUCGGCAGUUGGCAACCGCAUGGAGGCCAUCAAACAAAAUGGCACGAUUGAAGACCUGAUUCGCAAAGUGUCGGAGCUGACGCAAACCAUUGGUAAGCUGCAAGCUAACCUCGAUGUGAAGGACAAGGUCAUCGAGAAGCUGCGCACCAUGGUCCAAAACAGCGACGGCAAGGACACCAGAAAGACCAAGCAAACCAGCAAAACAAGCUCAAGCAAGGCGAACGCGACAACCACUCCAAACAUUUACGAUAUCUUCAGUGAUAGCGAAGAAAUGGAAGUCGCACCAACACAAACUCCCAAGCGCGAUCGUGUUCCGAGAGACUCCAGUGAGAGCGGUAACUCCUCAACCAGAGCUCCACGGACGAAGCGUGUGACAAGUAGAUUAGCCAAGUAA